AUGACAACAUCAUUCUCCGAACCUUGUGCAGAAUGGAUUUUUUCAUUUCCUCUUGUUCUUUCAUCACUUACAAACACUUCUACAUUUCAGAACACAACACAGGAACAAGUACGAAAUUGUCCAGAUACGAUCAUGGUUCCCAUCUCUUCUGGUUUGUUUUUAUUGGGUUAUUCGACACUUAUAGUAGCAAGUAUUGUGGGGCUGAUUUGGAAGCGAAAUUCAGGUCACAUUCGAGCAAGAACAGUUUCGGGAAUGAUUUUCACGAUUAUUAGCAGUUUUUUAUUCGUAUUGGGAAUACAAAUCAGAUAUGUGAUUGGAAGAGCAGUGUACCCGUGUAUAUUGUAUAGUAUUUUCUUUGUGGUAAUGCCUCCAUGUGUUGCAAUGCCUACCAUUUUGAGGUUAUUAAGGUUCUAUGCUCAAUUUCAGGUGAGCAAAAUGAAAUCUCAACAAUUGACUCACUUAGAUCAGCUGAGUGACCAAACGAUGAGGGGUGAACUUUCCACCACCGAGAAUAACAAUUCGGAUCUCGUCUCUCCAAGAGACAACUCGAUGAAGAACAUGAAUCAACGCCAACAAUCAACUCAAAUUUCUUCACCUUCCAUGUCUGUGAAAUGUACAUCCCGUACAUCCAAUAAUUUUAUGCAACAAUACAAACUUGGAUUCAAAGAGAGAAUAUGGUACAGAAUGAAUGAUUUACUUUCACGACACACCUAUAUUAUGAUGUUUCUCAUUGCCAUACUAGGCGUUCACGUUGUUUUGUGGUUUUGUAUUACAGUGAUUGAGAAUUCAUUCUUUGCAGAAGAUAGAUUUUUCAUGACAAAUGAUUCUAUGAGCUUAUUCGGUUGUGGAGCUCAAUAUUUUCCGUCCGUUCUUGCCUUGUUUAUAUAUUGUGGAUUUUUUUGUAUAGAAUGCCUCUGUGCCGUAUUAUUGCUUGUUAGAACAGAUAGUGACACAUGGUACAUCAAAAAGGAAGCUCUCUGCCUCAUACCAAUUCAAGUAUUGCUUGGGAGUUUGUUUUUGGUCACAGAGUUUGUUGAAAUUUUCCGAAUAUUGGACCACAUUGUUCCAUCUGGAACUAUCAUGACAACCUAUACGGGUAUUGAAAUAUUUGUGACAAUAUUUCUUCCAAUUUGUUACGCCAUUUAUCAAGACGAAAAACCAAAAUCCGAAGUUUACGACACAGAGAUGGAAAUGAUUUUAAACAAUAAGCAAGCAUUUGAAAGCUUUUUGGAUCAUUGCCGUAGAAGCUUUUGUGCUGAAGGUUUGCUAUUCUACAAGGACCUCGAAAAGUAUAAGCAAUGUUCGAGUAGUACACAAAGAAGAGAUAUGGCUCUUCAUAUUGUACAGUGUUAUCUUGUUCAAGGAGCUCCUCAAGAAUUGAAUAUUGGAAAUAUAGAGACACUCCGGGAAGAAAUAUUAUUCGUGAUUCAUACCAACAACCACACAGUGAACAAAUUACCCGAUCAUUUAUUUGAUCGAGUCAAAAGUGUGGCAUUGAGUAAUUUAAUUGAUGCCUAUGAAAGGUUGAAGAGACAAAAUCCAAACAUUAAGAAACUUUCAAAUGAUUGGAAAGAACAUCAAUCAUAUCAUACUCGCAACACACUACAACCGAUCCCUCAAUCCUUGACCUAUGAAAUUUGA